GUAUUGCUUAGUUCUGAGGCCGCCAGAGGCUCAAUAUAUAAAUCAGGGGCCUGUCGACUUGAUGCAGCUGUAUAUUGCAGCAUCAAAGCAUUGCUAGCAUAUUUCUUCAGUAUUACACAUCUUACAAACUCUUCCAAUAACGAUGAUCGGUAUCAAGGCAACGCUUCUGCUCCUCGCCACUGCCCUUGGGGUGCAGGGGCAGACUCCAGGCAAUGGCACCACCCCAGCGGGCCCUCACUGUGUGCGUGGGGCUACCUACUGCGGCUAUAUCUUGCUCCAUGACAAAGACUACACCAGUGACCAGAUUGUGAAGGCGUACUGCCAGGGCAGGGACAAGUGUGAUUCCGAGGGAGUCCCUAAAGACAAGGACGCCUGGAAGUACACCCUCUUCGUCUGUCUUCCGGAUGGAAAGAGUCACAGGCACAAAAUCAACCGUCGCCAUGGAAACUUUGACUGCAUGGAUUCUGUGGAUACCAAGGUCGUACCUCUGGCCUACUGCAAGCCCCCGAAGGGGGCGUCUGGUGUGGCUGACGAUGAUAUCUGCCUGAACCCCAAAGAGAACCGCAUCGGGCGAUGCUGGGAGCCUGGCAACCUGGACUAG